CAUUGCUGGGUGCCACCUCUCCCUCUGGCAAUCUUUGUUUGGAGCUCUGUGCUUCAAUCCUGCCGUGGUGCUGAGCAACAAGAAAGGCCAUGCUUGUUCCUGGUUCCUUGGCCUGGAGGUGCCUGGACCUGCUUUCCCUCCGUGGCUGUCUCUCUGCGAGGACCAAUGCCAGGAGAAGGAGGGUGACUCCCGCAGCCUUCUGCUUCUGGGUGGGACUGCUCCUGAUCAGCACUGCCACAGAAGUGACUUCCAAUUCCACAUUGGUCUCGUCAAUCCCUCCUCCUUCGACGUCCGCUACAGAGCCCUCUUCCCGCUCAAGGGUGACAGUGCCUUACAGUGGGAGCCCAACCACAAGCCAGGAGGCCUCACUUCCGGCAACUUCCAGCACCCCCAGGCCUUCCCCGCAAGAGAGUCCCAAGACCCCCACGCUUCCCAUCACUUCCUUGGUCACCACCGGCCCUCAGGUGCUCUCCUCCGGCACCACGGAGUCACCCACUACGUCUUCUCCAACUGCAGAACAGCCAAACACAACGCGGGCCUCUUCCCCUCGCCUUUCGGCCACAGGGACCACCCACCAGGAAAGGACGUUGGAAUCCACGAGUCGGAGCACGAGCGAAGAGACAGAAAGCAGUACGCCCACGGUGGGAAGAAGCGUGCCCAGCACCACGGUGUCGACCGGAAGCACUCGCGAGGUCAGCUUGCCCUCCAGCUUGCCCUCCAGCUUCUCCCCUUUCCCAGGACAGGAGUCCACUCACACCACAGCCGUGCCCACCUCUCCUUGGAGCACAGCAGAAGUGACUUCCACUCCCCCACCGGUCUCGUCAACCUCUCCUCCUUUGACGUCUGCCACAGAGCCAUCUUCCCGCUCAAGGGUGACGGUGUCUUCCAGGGGGAGCCCAAACACAAGCCAGGAGUACUCACUUCCGGUACCUUCCAGCACCUCCAGGCCUUCCCCGCAAGGGAGUCCCGAGACCCCCACGCUUCCCAUCACUUCCUCGGUCACCACUGGCCCCCAGGUGCUCUCCUCCGGCACCACGGAGUCACCGGCUCUGUCUUCCCCCACUGCGGAGCAGGCAAGCACAAGGCGGGCCUCUUCCCCUCGCCUUUCGUCCACAGGGACCACCCACCAGAAAAGGACCUUGGAAUCCACGAGUGAGAGCACGAGCAAAGAGCGGGGAAGCAGCACGCCCACAGUGAGAAGCAACGUGUCCAGCACCACAGUGUCGACCAGAAGCACUCGCGAGGCCAGCUUGACCUCCAGCUUCUCCCCCUCCACAGCGCAUGAGUCCACUCGCACCACUGGCGUGGCCACCUCUUCUCGGAGAAAAGCAAAAGUGACUUGCACUCCCCCACCGGUCUCGUCAACCUCUGCUCCUUCGAUGUAUGCCACAGAGCCGUCUUCCCACUCGAGGGUGACGGUGCCUUCCAGUGGGAGCCCAACCACAAGCCAGGAGUACUCACUUCCGGUAACUUUCAGUACCUCCAGGCCUUCUCGGCAAGAGAAUCCUGAGAUCCCGACGCUUCCCAUCACUUCCUCGGUCACCGCUGGCCCUCAGGUGGUCUCCAGCACCACGGAGUCACCAGCUCCGUCUUCCCUGACUGCGGAACAGCGGAGCACAACCCUGGCCUCUUCCCCUUGCCUGUAUUCCACAAGAGCCACCCACCAGGAAAGGACCUUGAAAUCCACGAGUCGGAGCAUGAGCGAAGAGACAGAAAGUAGCAUGCCCAUGGUGGGAAACAGCGUUCCCAGCACCACGGUGUUGACCAGAAGGACUCGCAAGGCCAGCUUGCCCUCCAGCUUGCCCUCCAGCUUCUCCCCCUCCACAGCCCAUGAGUCCAGGCAAACCACUGGCGUGCCCAGCUCUCCUCGGAGCACAGCAGAAGUGACUUCAACUCCCCCACCGGUCUCAUCAACCCCUCCUCAUUCGAUAUCCGCCACAGAGCCCUCUUCCCGCUCGAGGGUGCCUUCCAGUGGGAGCCCAACCACAAGUGAGAAGUACUCCUUUCCAGUAACUUCCAGCACCCUCAGGCCUUCCCCGCAAGAGAGUCCCGACACCCCCAUGUUUUCCAUCACUUCCUCGGUCACCGCAGGCCCGCAGCUGGUCUCGUCUGGCACCACGGAGUCACCCACUAUGUAUUCUCCGACUGCGGAGCAGCCAAGCACAAUGUCGGCCUCUUCCCCUCGCCUUUCGUCCACAGGGACCACCAACCGGGAAAGGACCUUGGAAUCCACGAGUCGGAGCACGAGCGAAGAGACAGAAAGUAGUACCCCCACGGUGGGAAGCAGCGUGCCCAGCACCAUGGUGUCGAACAGAAGCACUCGCGAGGCCAGCUUGCCCUCCAGCUUGCCCUCCAGCUUCUCCCCCUCCACAGCCCAUGAGUCCAGUCAAACCACAGGUGUGCCCACCUCUCCUUGGAGCACAGCAGAAGUGACUUCAACUCCCCCACUGGUGUCGUCAACCCCUCCUCCUUGGACGUCUGCGACAGAGCCGUCUUCCCGCUCGAGGGUGACGGUGCCUUACAGUGGGAGCCCAACCACAAGCCAGGAGGCCUCACUUCCGGCAACUUCCAGCACCCCCGGGCCUUCCCCGCAAGUGAGUCCCGAAACCCCCACGCUCCCCACCCCUUCCUCGGUCACCGCCGGCCCACAGCUGGUCUCCUCUGGCACCACGGAGUCACUGACUCCCACUUCCCCCACCGUGGAGCAGCCAAGCACAACGCGGGCCUCUUCCCCUCACCUUU